CCGAGGAUAAGAGAGGCUAACGAUAACUUCCUGUCCUGUGUUCGACUCGAAAUGGAGCUCGCUGUAGUUGGCAACUGCUCUCCCGCUUUCUUGAACAAGACAAGUAGGGAGUCCGAAGGUAAAGUUUAUGAUGCACUUACAGUUGGCUCUUGUUUCCCCGCUGGAGUUAAUGUUCGAUACAUUCGACAAAGAAAGCGACCAGUUUCUUCUGCACUACCAGAAACAGCCAUUUCCAUUGCAGUUGCUGCUGCUGCCGUGGGUGCUGCCACGACACUUCUUAUAAAGAGAACCAAAGCUUCCGAAGAGACUGAGAUCCCUAUGAAAACUUGUGAAACCUGUGGAGGUUCAGGUAUAUGCUCUGAGUGCAAAGGCGAAGGCUUUGUGCUUAAGAGACUGUCAGAGGCAAGUGCCGAGAAGGCAAGAUUGACUGCAAAGAACAUGGCUACCCGAUAUACUGCAGCGCUUCCAAAGAAAUGGAGUUACUGUACGAAGUGCUCUUCCUCUCGUUCUUGUAUAGCUUGUGGCGGGCGAGGGAAGUUAAGCUUAUAGCUCUGCUCAAGUGACUCUUGAUGGGUAAAUGGAUGAGUUUAGAAACUUCUAUUUUGUAUAAGUCAAAUUCAGCUCGGCCAUCUUCAGUUUUGGUGGUUUUAGUAUUCGUUGCUUAAUGUAGAUGCAAUGUAUACACAUGUCGAUUAUUAUAACAUACCUACAUGUUAGACUGAAAUUAAAUGCCUGCUACAAAUGUUCAAGAUACAUGGUGCUGAUAUAUUGCUAUCAAAUUUACUCUUAGUUCA